AUGGAGACCAGCGGUGCGGCGGCCGCCGCCACCACCGAGGUCGGCUGGUACGUGCUCGGCCCGAACCAGGAGGGCGUCGGACCCUACGCGCUUGCUGAGCUUCGAGAACAUUUUGCAAACGGUUAUCUCAAUGAGAGCACAAUGCUCUGGGCAGAAGGGAGGAAGGAAUGGAUGCCACUCUCGUCCAUCCCUGAGUUACAAUCUGCAGUCACAUCAAAGGAUCAAUCUAAACGAGAUGCUCCAGCAGUUGAUGAUGAUUUUGAGAAAUUUCAGAAGGAGGUUACCGAGGCCGAGGCAGAGGUGGACGAGCAAGAUGAUGAGCGGCCAGCAACCCCGCCGGAUGGAGAGGAAGAAUUUACUGAUGAUGAUGGCACCAUUUACAAAUGGGACCGUACUUUGAGGGCAUGGGUUCCUCAAAAUGAUGCAUCUGGUAGCAAGGAAAAUUAUGCUGUUGAAGAGAUGAUUUUUGCACUUGAGGAAGAAGUAUUUCAGGCACCAGAUAUCCUGGGUCCUUCUGCACUAGAAGAAAUCAACACUCUAUCUGAAAGCAAAAACAAAGGAUCAGAUAAAGCAGAAACGAGAGGAGACAAGAAGCGGAAAUCUUCUGAGAAGCCAGCUGAGAAAAAGGAAGCUAACAAACCUCCGGACAGUUGGUUUGAUCUCAAAGUCAACACACAUGUCUAUGUAAAUGGUUUGCCUGAUGAUGUCACGGUGGAUGAGAUUGUGGAGGUAUUUUCCAAGUGUGGAAUAAUAAAGGAGGACCCAGAGACUAAAAAGCCACGGGUGAAGAUCUAUACUGAUAAGGAAACCGGCAGGAAGAAGGGUGAUGCCUUGGUGACAUAUUUCAAGGAGCCUUCUUUAGCUCUAGCGGUUCAGUUGUUGGAUGGGACAUCAUUCCGUCCUGGUGGUAAGACUCUUAUGUCUGUAAGUCCAGCCAAAUUUGAGCAGAAAGGUGAUGUUUUCAUUUCAAAGAAAACUGACAAGCAAAAGAAAAGGAAGAUCAAAAAGGUCGAAGACAAAAUGCUUGGAUGGGGUGGGCAUGAUGAUAAGAAGCUGAUGAUUCCUACUACAGUAAUUUUAAGGCACAUGUUCACUCCGGCUGAGUUGAGAGCUGAUGAAGAGCUUCUUUCUGAGCUUGAGACUGAUGUUAGAGAGGAAUGCGUCAAGUUUGGUCCAGUGGAUAAUGUCAAGGUUUGUGAAAAUCAUCCACAGGGUGUCAUAUUGGUGAAAUUCAAAGAUAGAAAAGAUGGUGCCAAAUGCAUAGAGAAGAUGAAUGGCAGAUGGUUUGCCGGGCAGCAAAUCCAUGCGAGCGAAGAUGAUGGCUCUGUUAACCAUACUCUUAUCCGUGAUUACGAUGCAGAGGUGUCAAGACUGGAUCGGUUUGCAGAAGAGUUAGAAGAGUCUACAUAG